GUAUAAAAAAAGCACGACGAUGCGUAACAGAAGUCCGACUCACUAACUCCUGGACCAUUGGUGCACCCGAUAGAUAAUAAUCAAAAACGAGACCAUGAAAGAUAAAGGACAGAGGGCAAGAUGUGUUCAACCAGGUGUCUGAGAUACUUGGAAUCAGAGAGCUUCACAUGUUUGGUCUGACUGUGGUUAGGGACAAUCAACCCUUGUUUCUGGAUUUGGAGCAAAAACUCUCCAUGUAUCUUCCAAAGUCCUGGAGAAAGAACAUAUUAAAGGAAAAAGUGGUUAUGUAUCUAAAGGUGCAGUAUUUUGCAGACAACUACCAGCAUAUUGUAAAUGACGAUGCUCUCAAGCUGUAUUAUGCUGAAGUGAAAGCCAGAGUUUUGAUUUCUCGGUGUUAUGAGCAAGAAGGAUUUUAUUUCCAGCUGGCGGCGUAUGCCCUACAGGUCGAACUGGGGGAUUCCAAACAGGGAAACAAUGCAUACUUUCAACCGCAGGAAUUUCUACCUGUGUGGGUUAUACAAAGGCGUGGGAAAGGUUACAUCCUCGAGCACACCCCAGCCCUGCACUGGAAAAUUGCGGGAAUGUCCUCAAGGAAAGCUACUCAGCUUUUUAUACAGAACGCUUUUAUCCUGAGUGACGUGCCAGUCACCAUCUAUACCUUGUUCAAAGGAAAAAGAGAAAAAGGACGUGGUGUUCUCCUGGGUCUGGCUAGAACUGGACUACAGAUCUUUGAGAUGCUGUAUGAAGAACAAGAGUUUCGAUAUGAUUUGGCCUGGUCAUGCAUUUAUUCGAUUAAGUUCCAGGGCAGGAAGUUUGAGACACGUGCAGAUGGCAUGCAGGGGAGAAAGCUGGUGUUCUACAGUGUCUCUGUCCUCCAUGCCAAACACCUGCUGCAGCACAUAAGCAACAGUCACCGUCUGCAUCUCAACACAAAGCACACAGCUGUUCAGUUUAAGGCAACAAACGACACAUACAGAGAGAUGUACAUCACAGACCAAGUUGAUAUGAAUAUGGACGACAGUGAUGAUGAGCUUCCACCAAUAAAAUUCCUCUUAGCCAACAUGCAGAACCAAUCCAGUGGCCCUGUCUCUGUUCCAAACUCUCAAGAUUGUGGACACGCAAUAAAAGGCUCAGACAUCACGCAAAGCUCCUGUGGUUUAGAGAUGAGUGUUGAUGAACCAGUGGAAACUUUGGUGGACAGUCUUGAGGACCUGCUUUGUUUAGUGGAGCAAGAAGAGGGUGUAUCUGUAGAUGAUACUUUUUUCCAUGACUACUUUUCCUACAGCAUGUGGUAAACGGACACAUAUUCCUAAAUCGAAUAAUGGAAUUUAAAAUGAUAGUUUACCCAAAAAGGAAAAUUCUGUCAUCAUUUACUCACCCACUUUUCAUUUCAAAACCUUUAUGACUAGCUUUCUUACCCAGACUGUACUUUACUGUAAUAUGUACACAGUAUGUACAUGGAAAACAGGACUGUAAAAUAAAGUGCUACGGAUAUUUUGAAGAAAGUUGGUUAAAAACAAACAGCACUGGCAAGGAAUGGGGGCCAGUUAACAACUUUCUUUAAAAUAUCUUUCCAGUCAUACGGGUCUUAAAUGACAAUGUCCUAGCACCCGUCUCACCUGAUCCUCAUCACUGGACAUUAGUUGUUUAUCACCAUCACCUGUGUAUCCCUCAUUAUCUGGCGCGCCCUUCAAAAAGGCGCGACCUUGCGCUGUAACAGAUCCAACAGGGGAGGGUGGGGGUUCAGGAUGGAGACGUACUUUUGGAGACGUACAGGAUGGAGACGUACUGUUUCAUGUCUAUCCUUGAAUCACUUAACUAAUCAAGGUCGAUGUAGAACUAAAGUAACUAAAUACUUUUUGGACAGAGUCAUUUGUAAAGUAAUCUAAUUACACUAUUGAAUAUUCAAUUAGUAACUAGUAAUUAGUUAUUUUUUCAAAGUAACUUUCCCAACACUACCUACAACCCUCAUUGUAAAGUAUUUCCUUACUUUUUGCAUCCUUAUUUGGUUUACAUCUAACUCUAUAUUGGAUCUUGUACACCGCUUGAUGCUGGCUUCAGUUUGAUUUUGAAUGUGAAUUCUUUCUGUGUGGUGACAGACACAUACAGAGAGAUGUACAUCACAGACCAAGUUGAUAUGAAUAUGGACGACAGUGAUGAUGAGCUUCCACCAAUAAAAUUCCUCUUAGCCAACAUGCAGAACCAAUCCAGUGGCCCUGUCUCUGUUCCAAACUCUCAAGAUUGUGGACACGCAAUAAAAGGCUCAGACAUCACGCAAAGCUCCUGUGGUUUAGAGAUGAGUGUUGAUGAACCAGUGGAAACUUUGGUGGACAGUCUUGAGGACCUGCUUUGUUUAGUGGAGCAAGAAGAGGGUGUAUCUGUAGAUGAUACUUUUUUCCAUGACUACUUUUCCUACAGCAUGUGGUUUUGAAAUGAAGAAAUAUUAAAAUAUUCUAUGAUCCUGUGAACAUCGAACAGUUGCACAAACAGGAACAGAACAAAGCACAUUAAAGAGUUCAAUGAAACAGAA